UCCCGGGAGGAACAAGCGAUUCAAAUGAAGAAAUCGUCAUUUUGGAAAAUUUUUGAUCGCCUGUUCAACCCAUCAGAUGCUCCUGAGAGCGCUGUGGCCUCUCCUCUACCACCAGGGAAAUCCCGGCUUAGCCGUAACAACCAUAGAGAUUCAGGACGAAACACAUUGAGAUUCAUGCCACGAGCAAUCUCACCCUCUGAGGCUGAUGGCUCCCCACAGCAGAAGCGGCGAGAGCUGUAUGGUGAGAUCCGCUCACACAUCUGGCAGGAACAUGGACGGGCACAGAUCCAUGGGUGGAGCCAGCCAGCUUCAUUUCAGGGCCCUGACUCACCUGCAGGAACUACCGAUGUACCUGUACUUGUGCAGCUGAGAAUGCUGGAACAGAAGGACCCCAGUACCAAGCUCUGGUGUGCCGCAGCAUCUGUUGGGCUGGAGCCUCGAGAAACAUCACAGAUUGGUAACCCCCAUUGCAGCUCUCCCGGCAGCUCUCAGCUAUGGGUGGCUGCUGGGACCCACUCCGCUAGUGAAGUGACUCUCUUCAAUGCCCCCAAUACUAACCAGCUCCUGGAACACUUCGUGCUGCCUGGAAUUCAUGUCCUCUCCAUGGCUUGUGUGCCUGGCCUGACAGCACCUGUUGAUGAAAAGCCAGUGGUAAAGCCAGAGAUCCUCGAAGACCCUUUGGCACCCCGAUCUGACAGUGAUGAAGAAACAAGGGAAAUGGAGGCAGUUGGAACAGGACCCACUGUCUGGAUUGGAACCCAGGAAGGCUGUAUCUAUAUUCAUUCCACUGCGACUGACUGGCGACAUUGCCAAGGCAAAAUACGUUUGAAGGAGGCUGUCCAUUGUAUUGUGCAUACCCAAGGCCGCGUUGUAGCUGCCCUUGCUGAUGGAUCUCUGGCUAUAUUCCAUCGGAAUGCAGAUCGCAACUGGGAACUGCGCUCCCCACGCCUGGUUCAAUUGGGACGGCCACGGCGCUCCAUUCGUUGCAUCAUCCCUGUGUUUAAUUGGCUGUGGUGUGGCUAUGGUAACCGAAUCUAUGUGCUGGAUCCUCGGACCGCUCGCAUUCAGCGAUACUUUGAAGUGACUUCGCACCCUGAAAGCCAUGUCCGGCACAUGGCAGCAGCUGGUGGUGGCAUCUGGAUCUCAGUCCGCCUGGAGACCACUCUGCGUCUUCUCCAUGCGGAGACAGGGCAGCCAUUGCAGGAAGUGGAACUGGAGCCCUUCAUUAGUCGCACAUUUGGGCCCAGCAGUGUUAGCUUAGCCUUGAACAUCUCAGCUCUCAGUGCUUUUGGAAAGCGGCUAUGGGUUGGCACAUCUGGUGGCACCAUUAUCUCUGUGCCUUUUGUCUCUGAAUUUUCUGAAAGCGUGAAGACUUCUCCCUCUGCUGGUAUCCCUUUGUGUGCUAUGGAGCAAGCCCAGAUCAGCUACCAUGGGCACCGCGAUGCUGUCCGUUUCUUUGUCUCUGUCCCAGGAUAUGUGGCUCCAUCUGCUGAAGAAAACCUCAAGGAUUCGCACAGUCAAGAGAAACCAAGCAAACCUUGCAGCUUGGUGCUAAGUGGAGGGGAAGGGUAUAUUAAUCUCCGGAUAGGAGACAACUCUGAUAAGCACUACGGUGACCUACUACACCCGAACCCACGCCUCCGUCGAGCCGAGAGGAGCCAUCUCAUUGUCUGGCAGGUGCAGGACUGAGGUCACAAUUGUGGACACUUGGGACACAAUGCUUCUGCCUGGAGGGGAAUGACACAGCUGCCAGAUAGUGGCAUUGUCUUCCCCUUGAUGUUUCCUGCUCUCUUCCCUCACUCAGGUGGUUUCGCAGAAUUGAGAUCAAAACUUUUUUACCUUUUGAGACUGGUGAUGGGGAAAAGCCACUGGAACUCUGGAAUCUGUUUGUUGAACGGGCUUGGUGAAGAGAACAUCUGGUGCAUCCUUGGAUCCUCCCUUCACUUUAUAUCAUUCUUUCCAUUCUUUCAUACAGGAGGAUAGGCAGCUUGCAUUAUAGACUGAACCCCUUCAAAUCCUGCUUUUAUUGCUCACGACACCCUCUGUUUACAAAGAAUAACAGGGUACCUCUUGCUGGCCCGGUGCUUGGGAGUUGAUAGCCACAAAUUGUCUAGUACUGAUGGGGUUUGAAGGCAGAGCUUCCAAACAAUUGGGAGUCUAAACUGCCAAAAACUGGGAAAUAAAUCUGGAAGACAAGCAGCACCCGCACUGGUUAAAGUUAAGACCCUCUCCUUCCUUUCUGCCUCCCUGACUUGACUGUGAUUGAAACCAAUGCUUUUCUACUUUAGUAAAUGUGGAUCUUCUGGACUAGAACUGGUGAAACCUGUUGAUAUAAGCUGCUGUAUUACUCAAAGAGACAUCAAGAGGAAGCUUCCUUGUCCUUGCUCUGGGAUUACUACAGGGAUUGGUCCUUCUCCUCCCCCUUUGCCCACAGAGAGACAUAGACAGAUGGACAGACAGACAGACACAAACACAGUUUAAUUUCUCAGGGCUUAUUUAACUCUCCAGGAAUUGAGUCUUUAAAGGAGCAUCUCUCUUUGUGGGUUGGUUUCACAAUAAAGCUAUUGUUAUUCUUA